GCAGAUCCUGAACUGUCCUCGCGGUCCAGUGACGGUUCCGUUUUGAGCACUGAAUUGGACUAAGUUACAGUUGGAGCGCUAGAGUCAGAUUCAUGGCUAGAACAUUGGAAUCAAAGCUAGAGCACUAGUUGUAUUUAGACCACUAGAGCAAAUAUCGGGACGCGCCCGAGUUUGUGUUACAGUGAGCGUUAGGUUCGGGGUUUGGGCUCGUUAAACUGGACCCAGCAAAGCCGGACAAGGCCAGCCCGGCCAUACCUGCACAGCUGCUCCACAGAAGCACCUGCACGGCGCUGCUUUCUCAGUUUAACCCGCCGGAGCUGCUCUGAUGGCGGACUGGGAGGAGAUCAGGAGACUCGCCGCGGACUUUCAGAGAGCGCAGUUCGCAGAUUCGGCGCAGCGGCUCUCUGAGAGGAACUGUAUUGAAAUCGUAGCGAAGCUGGUUCUGGAGAAGAAGCUGGACGUGGUUCACACUCUGGAUGGUAAGGAGUAUAUCACCCCCCCUCAGAUCAGCCGCGAGAUCAAAGACGAGCUCUACACACACGGAGGCAGGAUCAACAUCGUGGAACUCCAGAAGAUAAUUAAUGUUGACCUGGUUCACAUCGAGAAACAAGCGAACGAUGUUUCCAAACAGGACAGAGGAACUCGCCUGAUUCUGGGACAACUCCUAGACGAGAAGUAUCUGGACCAGCUUGCAGAGGAAGUGAAUGAUAAACUGCAGGAAGUGGGUCAGGUCAACAUCGCAGAGCUCUGUAAGACCUACGACCUGCCGGGCGAGUUUUUAACGGAGGAGCUGUGUGGACGAGUCGGGCGAGUGAUUGAUGGUCAGGUGGACGAGUUUAAACGAGGUGUGAUCUUUACUCAGGCUUUCAUUAGCCGACACACAGCCCGAAUACGGGGGCUGUUCAGCGCCCUCACCAGGCCUACCCCAGUCAGCACUCUGAUCAGUCUUUACGGCUUUCAGGAGAAUCUGUUAUACUCGGUUCUGGAGGAGUUGGUGAACACCGGCCGGUUGAAGGGGGCUGUAGUCGGGGGUCGGCAGGAUAAGGCUGUUUACAUUCCAGAAAUUUACUCGAAAACUCAAAACGCCUGGAUCGACUCCUUCCUCAAGCAGAACGGAUACCUGGAGUUCGAGGCACUGUCCCGUUUGGGGAUUCCUGACCCGGUGAGCUACAUUAAGAAACGCUUUAAGUCCAGUAAGCUGCUGUUUCUGAAGGCUGCGUGUGUCGGUCCGGAGAUCAUCGCUCAGCUAGAGGCGUCAGUGGAGGAGGCAGUCAGUUCGCACACCUGGGUUGACCUGCAGCCGGUGUUGCCCAGCUGCCUGUCGGAGGAGGACUCGGAGCUGCUGAUUGGUCAGGUUCUGCGUACGCUGGGCGCUCAGUCCACCGCACGAAUCCUCGGCAGCGCCGCCGUCAGUGAGAAGUUCGUUAGUGACUGCAUGGCGCUGUUUGAUGACAUCAUGCGGCUGAAGGCACAGAAGGAGGUGAAGAAUAACCCAGUGUUUUUGAUCGCUGAGGAGGAUCUAAGAGCUUCAGCGCUGCUGGAAAACAGCACCUCCUCUAAGAAAGACAAACGAGAGGAGCGCAGGAAGAAAAGUUCAGAGGGCAGUGGCAGCGUGAGAGGCGGUGGAGGAGGAAACGCGCGAGAGAUCCGAAUCAGAAAAACAAAAAAGAAAAACCGAAAAGACGAAGAAAGUGACGAGGACGCGGACACCACACACAGGGUAAGUAAACAGUCCGAGGUUCUGUUUUUGUCGGUGGAGGAGAUUAUGGAUGUUUUGGAGAGAAAAGUGUUGGACUGUCCCGAUGACACACUUGAACAGCUCGCUCAGGAAAUACUGAGGCCGCUGACCCGGAAGUACCAGGAAGUGGUCCGCUCGGCUUUUCUUUCAUCCAGCUCGUCCGGUUCUGGAGGAAACCGAAAGCAGAACGUGAAGGACGUUCAGGAGGAGAUAAACAACCUGUACAACAACGUCCGCCUGUUUGAGAAAGGAACCAAACUCUUCUCAGAUGACACUCAGCUGCUGCUGAUGAAACACCUCCUGCGGACCAUCUGCACUGACCUGACCAACAUCCUCAUCAACCUCCUGUCAGCUGACCUCAUGAUGGCCACGGAGAACCCCAGCUCCAUCACUGCUGAGGUGAGAACGAAGAUUCUGGCGAAGCUGCCUGAAGAAACUAAAGCUCCUCUGAUGAAACUGAACAACAGCCUCACCGGAAAAAGCAUUGAGGACUUCGUGUCCAGUUUGGAAGCGGCUGCUGAAGAAUGUGGCCUCCUGCUGAAGAAAGGCGAUAAGAAAAAAGAGAGGCAGGCGCUUCUGCUCCACAAACAGGCUUUACUGGAGCAGCUGAGCGAAGCGGAGGAUCCAGCUCUGGUUCUGCACCUGACCAGCGUCCUGCUGUUCCAGAACGUCACACACUGUGUGCUGCACGCUCCCGGACGCUGCGUCCCCAACAUCAUCAGCGCCUUGCAGCCUAAACUGCCUGAGGAUCAGUAUAAGCUGCUGCUGCAGUUUCAGGGUUUGGUGGUGAAGCGGCUGGUGCAGAGUCACAGUCAGGGGAAAAAGGCAGAUAGGGCGGAGCCGAGGGUGGAGCCGGGGGCGGAGCCAGGCGGAGCCAGUCCAGACGAACUGGAGUCUGUACAGAAAGAGCUGAGCAGCCUGAGCAGAAGCAUCAAAGAGCUCGUCUUGAAUCCGAGAAGAACAUCCACGACGGAGGAGUGACCGCAGCGCCAGAACCCUGCCGACUGCACGGCUCGUUUAGAGCCGCUUCGUUAAACAAACCAAUUAGAACCAAAGAUGUUUCCUGAUUACACGUUGUGUGUUUAUUGUAAGUAAAGUGAUUAUGACCGAUUUCCUCACUGAGUCAUUUCAAAACAAACCCUGAAAAUAAUUUUAACUGACGCUAAGGAUUGUGGGAACUGGGGUCAAAUGCUAAUAAAUCUUUGGAAAACAACGUAA